AUUGAGAAGCCUUCAUGGUGUGGCCCUUUAAGACUCCGGCAACGUCCUGUGACACGUGUCGCGGACGUCUGACGUCAGCUGCGGAAAUAUCAACAUGGAGAACGGGAGAGAAGGUUCCACGAAUUCACUUCUGAAAGAUGGCUGCUACGCUGACUUCCUGGCAGAGGACUUUGAUGUGAAGACGUACACGGCUCAGGCCAUCCAGCAUGCGGUCCUCGCGGAGCAGCUGGGCCGGCUGGCUCAGGGCAUCAGUCAGCUGGAUAAGGAGCUGCACAGCCAGGUUGUGGCCAGACAUGAAGACUUACUGUCUCAGGCCACUGGGAUAGAGUCCCUUGAAGGGGUCCUUCAGAUGAUGCAGACCAGGAUCAGUGCUCUGCAGGCAGCUGUGGACAGGAUAAGGACGAAGAUUGUUGACCCGUACAACAAGAUUGUGGCCAGGAUCACCCAGCUGGCCAGACUGCAGGUGGCCUGUGACCUGCUGCGGAGGAUCAUUCGGAUCCUGUACCUCAGCAAGAGGCUGCAGGGCCAGCUGCAGGGGGGCAGCAGGGAGAUCACCAAGGCUGCACAGAGCCUCAACGAACUAGACUACCUGUCGCAGGGUGUGGAUCUGAGUGGGAUUGAAGUGAUUGAGAGCGACUUGCUGUUGAUCAGCAGAGCUAGGCUGGAGGUGGAGAAUCAGGCCAAGAGGCUGCUGGAGCAAGGCAUGGAGAUCCAGAAUCCAACCCAGGUCGGCACGGCCCUCCAGGUCUUCUAUAACCUCGGCAGUCUGAGGGAGACCAUCAGUUCAGUGGUGGGGGGUUACAGGACAACCAUAAAGGACAACAUCAACAGUGCUCUGGACAUCAAAGGUCUGACACAGCCCACCAACCCCAGAGCGGCCCCGGGCCGGGCAGUGCUGCCCACACCAGGCAACACGGCAGCAUUCCGCGCCGCUCUGUGGACUCACCUUGAGAAACUGAUGGACCAGAUAUGUGCUGCCUGCAGACAGGUGCAACAUCUGCAGAAGGUCCUGCUGAAGAAGAGAGACCCUGUGACUCAUGUGUGCUUCAUCGAUGAGAUCAUCAAGGAUGGACAGCCUGAUAUCCUCUACACCUUCUGGACUGAUGUCACCAGCACCCUCAGUGAGGAGUUCCACAGAGCGACUGAAGCCUCGUCCUUCCUGAAGCAGGCGUUUGAAGGAGAGUAUCCGAAGCUGCUGCGCCUGUACAACGAGCUGUGGCGGCGCCUGCAGCAGUACAGCGCCAGCCUGCAGGGGGCGCUAACCAGCGGUGCAGGAAUAGAAGCUUCUUUGGACAUCAGCGCCACAGAGUCAGACACCCAGGACCUCUUCACACAUGGAAAACAGGACUACAACCCAGAGAAGGCUCUGAAGGACUCUCUGCAGCCGUACGAGUCCGCCUACCUCUCCAAGUCGCUCUCUCGCCUGUUUGAUCCCAUCAACCUCGUGUUCCCCAUGGGGGGCCGCAACCCCCCCUCCAACGACGAGCUGGACAGCAUCAUCAAGACCAUCAGCAGUGAGCUGAAUGUGGCAUCAGUAGAUCCAAACCUGGCUCUGGCUGUGUCCAAGAACGUUGCCAAGACAGUCCAACUGUUCUGUGUGAAGAGUGAGCAGCUGCUGUGCACUCAGGGGGAAUGCAGCCAGGUGAUUGGUCCGUUAACGGAGGGCCAAAGGAGGAAUGUGGCUGUGGUCAACUCCCUGUACCGUCUGCAGCAGGCUGUCAACAAGAUUGUAUCAGGAUCGGGUGUGUGUGUCCCCCCCGCUGCAGAGGCCCUCUCUUCUUGUUUGGAGGCGGUGCAGGUCCUGAUGAGCAGUGCAGUGCAGCCUCUGCUGCAGUCAGUGAGUGACUCCAUCGAGGCCAUCAUCAUCACGCUGCACCAAGAAGACUUCUCAGGGCCUCUGAGCAACCCUGAUAAGCCGAUUGUCCCGUGCUCCCUCUACAUGAAGGAGCUGCAGGGCUCAUGUCCAGAGUUCAUGGGCGACUACUUCAGACACUUCCAGUGUGUGGAUUUCAUCUACGAGAGCACCGAGUCCAUCGCUCAGAGGGCCAUCGAGCUGUUCAAUCCGCCCCACAGCAGCCUGUUGCGGCCCCUGGGGGAGGGGGGCAAGAUGAGGCUGGCUGCUGACUGCGCUCAGAUGGAGUUGGCGGUGGCUCCUCUGUGCAGGAGAGUGUCUGAUUUGGGGAAACCUUACCGGAUGCUGCGCUCCUUCAGGCCGCUGCUGUUCCAGAGCAGCGAGCUGAUCUCCAGCAGCCUGGCUGUGGGGGAGCUGUUCCCCUGCAGCACCCUGCUGCACUUCUUCUUCACCAGAGCCCCCCCCGAGCUCAAGUCUCCUCACCAGAGAGCAGAGUGGUCUGUGGCGCGGUAUUCCCAGUGGCUGGACGAUCACCCCUCUGAGCGGGACCGGCUCUCCCUCAUCAGGGGCGCUCUGGAGGCCUACGUGCAGGCGGUAAGGGCCCGGCAGGGGAAGGAGUUUGCUCCCAUCUAUCCCAUCAUGCUCCAGCUGCUCCAGAGAGGCAGCAGUGUCUGAGUCGGUGUUCCUGAGCUACUUCUGCAGCAGUUUGUGGAUUGGGUUUAGUGCUGUACAUAAUGCUUCCUUUGCUCUUAAGAACUGUAGCAGCUGGAAAGGGGAUCUUUCUUACUUGGAAUAUGAUCACUGAAUGAAGGGACUUUGUCGUGGCAUAUUUACUACAGGCACUCCAUAUUGAACCAAACAUUUAGGGGACACACUUUACCUGGACAACCUGAGUGACCCAAGUCUUAACUACAACCAUGACACUUAGUAUAACAUCUGCUAACAAACUAGUUGAAAUACAAAUGUUGACUGUUAUUUCCCAGGUUGUGUAUGGAAAGCUGAACCAUGUGAUCCUCACUGUCAUGUCUUUAAUAUACAGAGACCCAUGUGAUCAGAGGUUGUGUGUUGUUCUUGAAUGACUUGAGAAUAAAUGGGGAGAUGUUUGAAGGGUU